UAUACUUAUUGUUCGUGUCAAUACAACAGAGUUAUCACAACCAGCAUGUGUUAUUUAUUCACGUUUUAUCGAAAGUAGGGAUAAUUAUCGUUAACAAUAUCUGUUGCUGACGAUGAGUUGUCACAAUGAUCAUUGUAUUGUUAACAAGUGAAAAGAAUAAGACGUAAUUUAAUUUUGAAAAUCAUUCUAACGAAUAUUAUUAUGAACAAACAAUAUUAUUAUUUAUAUUAAUUAAUUAUUUAAGUGUAAAAAACAAAAAUAGAGCUUAUGUGAAGGGAAUGUUAUCGUGAUUUUGAUUUUUUCUUUUUCAAAUUUGAACAAAUCAUCAUUAAUCGAGAUACGAUAUUUUAACAUACGUGUUGUUAACACAAAGUGACAUGGGUUUGUUUAUAGUGCUUCUGGUUUUUUCUAUUUUUUCUACGACAUAUAGUACAGUUCAUUUUCAACCUGAAGCAGUGCAUAUUUCAUAUGGCAAUAAUGUACAUGACAUUGUUGUUACAUGGAGUACAAGAAAUGAUACAGGCGAAUCUAUAGUAGAAUAUGGUAUAGGAGGUUUUGUUUUAACUGCUCGUGGUAAUUCAACUCUUUUUGUUGAUGGAGGAUCCAAGAAAAAGCAACAAUAUAUUCAUAGAGUUUGGUUGAAAAAUCUUACGCCUGACAGUCACUACAUGUAUCAAUGUGGAAGUCGAUAUGGAUGGUCAAAUAUUUUUUAUGUUAAAACUGCUCCUGAUAAUUCUAUUGAUUGGUCACCACACGUUGUAAUCUUUGGUGAUAUGGGAAAUGAAAAUGCUCAAAGUUUAUCCAGACUGCAACAAGAAACUCAUCGUGGCUUAUACGAUGCUGCAAUACAUAUUGGAGAUUUUGCUUAUGACAUGAAUACCGAAAAUGCUAAAGUUGGUGAUGAAUUUAUGAAACAAAUUGAAGGAGUUGCCGCUUAUAUUCCUUAUAUGACCGUACCUGGUAAUCAUGAGGAAAAAUAUAAUUUUAGUAAUUAUAGAGCACGUUUUACAAUGCCUGGUAGUUCGGAAGGAUUAUGGUAUAGUUUUAACAUGGGUCCCGUACAUUUUAUAGGUAUUGAAACGGAAGCUUACUAUUUUAUGAAUUAUGGAAUAAAACAACUUAUUAAACAAUACGAAUGGCUUGAUCAGGAUUUGAAAGAAGCUAAUAGACCCGAGGCUAGAGCUCAACGUCCUUGGAUAGUAACAUUUGGGCAUAGACCAAUGUAUUGCAGUAAUGCAAAUGCAGAUGAUUGUACCAAUCAUCAAAGUUUAGUUAGAGUCGGUUUACCAUUCCUUAAUUGGUUUGGUUUAGAAGAAUUAUUUGUUAAACAUAAAGUAGAUUUAAUGUUAUGGGCACACGAACAUAGUUUUGAACGAAUGUGGCCCAUAUACAACUUUAAGGUGUACAAUGGUAGUUAUGAAGAACCAUAUAAGAAUUAUAAAGCUCCUGUACAUGUGGUAACAGGAUCUGCUGGAUGUAAAGAAGGAAGAGAAAAUUUUGUUCCUAAUCCACCAGAUUGGUCAGCGUUUCAUAGUUCCGAUUAUGGAUAUACACGUAUGAAAGCGUUUAAUAAGACGCAUUUAUAUUUAGAACAGGUUUCUGAUGAUAAAGAAGGUGCAAUUAUAGAUCAUUUCUGGCUUAUAAAAAAUUAUAUUAUGCCGAUGUAUGAUUUAAAAGAAUUUGGUAUAGAAAAAAAUGAAGAAUUAUAAAAAUAGUAUUAAUAGAACUUUUGUGGCAAAUAUCAAUAUCUAACUAUACAAUCUUCAUUUGGCUUCGUAUAAAGUGUCCUGAAAUAUUCAUGGUGGAUAAGAAGUAUAUAAGGUGGUAAAUUUAUAUUGUCUUAUUUAAUUGAUGUUAUAUAGGUUUUGAAUUGGUAUACAAUGGCAAUAAUGUUAUUUUGUGGACAUUUUUAAACCUUCCUUAUUUUUGAAAAAGAAAAUCUACAAUUUUAAAUUAGACAUUUUCUUCUAUUGGCGUUUUAUAAUACAAUAUUCUUAGACAACUUUUAUUCCUUUUGAAAUUCGUCUAAUGAAUUUUUAGCCAAUUUUUAUAAUUUCUCUCUUAGUAUUUUUCUUUUUUUUUUUUUUUACAGAUUUCGUUAAAACAAAGCUUCCAUGUUUUUUUUUUUAUUUCAUAUAACAACAAAUUUAUUUGUUUCUCAGUAUUGUUCUAUUACUUUAUAAUAGUCCUUAGGUUUUUGUUUUAAUUAAAUUCACUUUCCUUAGUGCCAUUUCUACAAUUUCAAAAUCUCAGUUUUGUUUAGUAAAAAUGAAUGAUCAUCUGACAGUACAAAUUUAUGAUCAACCACCCACAUCUACAUUAUUGUCAGGAAAGUGAACAAUUUUUAGCAAUGCUAUUUUUAUAUUUUACUUUUGUCUGGUGCACAUGUCUGUUAUAAUAUAAUCUUCAGUUGUAAUAUUCUGAAUGUGUCUUAAGAAUAUAUACAUACAUUUUAGUUUCAAGUUAGGUUAGAAUCAAAGAAAGUAUAAUGAGAGUUCUCAUAAGGAGGAACUCUGUGAAAACACAAUUAUGAUAUUUAUUCAUUGUUGCGAAUGAACUUAGUAUCAAUUUAGAAAAAACAUUUAUGCAAUUCCAUUUAACAGCCAAAUUUCUUUUGACUAAUGAGGAUAUUGUACUGCAUUGGCCUUGUUAUUAUAAAUAUAAAAAACA